AAACAGACCGGGGCUACAAAAGCAUGGCCUCUGCUGAGGCGGCGGCGUGGUCAUCGUCGUCGUCUUUGGAAACAGACUCAGCCCCAGUCCCUGAAACUGUAGGAACCGCUGCAGCCGCUGCGGUCGCGGCCGCGGCCAGGAUGGGACCCGGAGCCAGGGUCUCCAAGGCCGCUUUGGCCACGAAGCUGCUGUCCCUGAGCGGCGUGUUCGCCGUGCACAAGCCCAAAGGGCCCACUUCAGCCGAGCUGCUGAAUCGGCUGAAGGAGAAGCUGUUGGCAGAAGCAGGAAUGCCUUCUGCAGAAUUAACCAAGAGGAAAAGGCAGACCUUGAAAAUCGGGCACGGAGGGACUCUCGACAGUGCAGCCCGAGGAGUUCUGGUGAUUGGAAUUGGAAGGGGAACAAAAAUGUUGACCAGUAUGUUGUCAGGGUCGAAGAGGUAUAUUGCCAUUGGAGAGCUGGGGAAAGCUACCGACACACUGGAUUCUACAGGAAAAGUAACAGAAGAAAAACCUUACGAUCAAAUAACACAAGAAGAUAUUGAAGGCAUUUUACAGAAAUUUACUGGGAAUAUAAUGCAGGUACCUCCCCUCUAUUCUGCAUUAAAGAAAGAUGGACAGAGACUUUCCACUUUGGUGAAGCGAGGGGAAGUAGUAGAAGCAAAACCUGCCAGGCCAGUUACUGUGUACAGUCUCUCCCUUCAAAAAUUCCAGCCACCAUUUUUCACAUUAGAUGUUGAGUGUGGAGGAGGUUUUUAUAUCAGAAGCUUGGUCAGUGACAUUGGCAAAGAGCUCUCUUCCUGUGCCAACGUGCUGGAACUGACCCGGACCAAGCAGGGGCCUUUCACGCUGGACGAGCACGCCCUUCCCGAAGACAAAUGGACCAUUGAUGACAUUGCGCAGUCUCUGGAGCAUUGCUCAUCUCUCCUCCCAGCAGAGCUGGCACUUAAAAAACCAAAGCCCGAGGACUCUCAGGAGCACGGUUUGAGCUGUGAAUAUAUAACUCUGAAUGAGACGAAGGGAGAAGACGGUGAAAUUAAGACAUGUUAAGAUUGGCGUGGGUCGUCAUUUCUUGGUUGGCAUUUGAAUCCCGUGUACACAAUGACGAGCUAUGGGCAAAGGACAGUUUUUCCCUUUUUUUUUUUUGGCACGAAAGAAAAAUGUCCAUCAUUUACAGUUUCGAGAGGGUACAGUGUUAUCUGCUAUCCAGGAUAAGGAGCCUUGCAGUUGUUCAGCUCUUUGCCGUACCAUGGAAUGUUCUGGAAUAUUAUUAUGUGGUUAGAUUGGAUUCAGGGAAAUCAGCUUUCUGAUUUUGAUCUUGCUUCAAAGUCUUUUCCUGUGAAAAAGCUGAACACAUUUUCUAAUCAAAGAAAAAUGACAUAAGAGCUACAUGUUUCUUUGUCAUCACAAAAGUUAAUGUAAAUUAAUGUCACUUUGACUUUAUUUUGGCUCUCUGGUGACUGUUGUAUUGAAAUUCUUACACAAUGUUAGAAAAGGCUGUUAUUGAACUAUUUUUAUGUUUUGGAGAGUUUGCCAUUAUUAAGAACAUUUCUUUGAUAAGGAUGCAUUUAUUUGGUAAUAGCCAUGUUUGUUUAGGUCUUGGACAUUAAUAAACUUUUAAAAUAAAUGUUUAUAAUUAUACCAAAUUAUUGCUGCUACCACUUAAGGGAUGUCAAUGUAGGACUAAAUGUUUAAAUUGGCCUCUACCGUUAGUACACAGGAUAGCCCAGUGGCUUAUAUUUUGGGAACUAUGAGAUCUUUUUCUGAUAUUUUUAACAGUUGACCACCCUGUACUAUGUUAGUAAAUAACAGUUUUUAAAAAGUAAGCUAGCCCUGACCGGUUUGGCUCAGUGGAUAAAGCGUCGGCCUG